AUGGCGACCGAUACUGGAUCUCCAAUCGCCAACCGCGAUGAAGCCAUACCAGUCAUCCGCAUCCCGUCCCACGAUGACGAAGCAGACUACUCGGACUCCGAAGGCUCGGAAUCAGAAGAGGAACAGCGAGAUAGGAAAAGAGACCGACUUGAAGGACACGCGAACAAGAUCAAGCACACAUGGCAAACAUACAGCGGAAGCCCGCAAGCCAGGCAGAGUCUCCAGGACAAACUGCUGUCGUCCAUCAUCUCCCAGAUCGUCCCCAGCGAAGGCCUCGCAGACGACGAUGACUCCACCGACGCACCUCGCAAAAAGGACAGACGCUCCAAGAAAUCCGUCAACAGACCAGAAUUCGGCCCUCGUCUCAUGACCUACAACUUCCGCCGCUUCAAUGCACGCAUAGGCGUCGUCUUCGUCCUCGAGAAGCGCCUCAUCCACCUCUUCUCUUGGAAACGCCCCACCGCAACUCUCUCCUUCCUCGCCGUCUACUCCCUCGUCUGCCUCAAACCCCACCUCCUCCCUCUCAUCCCACUAGUCCUCAUCCUCUUCAGCAUCAUGAUCCCCUCCUUCCUCGCCCGCCACCCAACACCAACCAACGACCCACGCCUCGAGCCCAGUUUCCACGGUCCACCAACCGCAGCCGCCUCCCGCGUCAAACCCGCACCAGAACUCAGCACAGAUUUCUGGCGCAACAUGCGCGACCUCCAGAAUAGCAUGGAAGACUUCUCCCGCCUGCACGAUGCCGCGAACGAAUACAUCACACCCUACACCAACUUUUCCGACGAAGCGCUCUCCUCAACCCUCUUCCUGGCCCUCAGCGCUCUCAGCAUUGCCGCCUUUAUCGGCUCUCAGUUCGUCCCCUGGCGCUUCAUCGCUUUGAUAGCAGGCUGGUCCUUAAUCUCAGCCUCCCACCCGCGAGUCCAGAAAGUUCUCCUCUCAACCCAAAAUCUCAGCCAACUCUCCCAACACAUCGAAAUCGCACAGUCAACCCUCCGCUCCUGGAUCUCGCAGGACAUCCUCCUAUCCGAACCACCCUCCAUCCGACAGAUAGAGAUUUUCGAGUUACAGAAACAUCACAUCAACUCUGAUACGUGGGAAUCAUGGCUCUUCUCCCCUACACCCUACGACCCCUUGUCACAGGUCAGGAUAGCGGGGAAUAGAGCGAAAGGGACUCAAUUCUUCGAGGACGUACAAGCUCCGCAGGGAUGGGAGUGGAAGGAGAAGAAAUGGAAUUUGGAUUUGAGGAGUCGGGAGUGGGUGGAGGAGAGGAUGAUUAGUGGGGUUGAGAUUGAGACGGAGGGGGAGAGGUGGGUUUAUGAUUUGCCGGAGGAGCAAGUGGAGGUACCGGUGUCGCCGAGGAAGGGUGGGAAGGUUGGAGUGGGAAGGGUCAAGAGUACGCCGAAGAGUGGGUGGGAGGAGUCGAAUGGAUUGGGAGGGGAUAGGAGAGGGGAGUGGAGACGGAGGCGGUGGACGAGGUUGGUGGAGAAGAGGGCGAGUGAUGAUAAAGGGAAGGGGAAGGAGAGGGUGUUGAGUGGAGGACCGUGA